AUGUUAUUUGAAUGCCCACGACGAACGCUUGAAAUUUUGAUGCAGGAGUUCGGAAAUGACGAAAUUGAGCUAGAGUUUCCAGCCAAAAGAAGCAGACUAGGCGAUAAUGAAGGUAGAGAAACCAAAAAAAGAGCAAUAAAAAUGCAUGUUAAAGGCCGAUCUCCUUCAGAAAUAUCACUGGCUUUACAAGUUGAUGAAGACAAAAUCAGGAAAUGGACAGAUUACUAUGACGCUAAGAAAAAAGAAAAGAAAUUGCCUACAAAAGAAGAAGCCCCCAUUAAUCUGUCAAGUGUUAAGAGUGAUCCUGAAAUAGAAAAAAGGAUGAAAAUUGAAGACAUGGUCAGAAUAGUCCCUGAAACUGUUAACCUAGAAGACUGCCAAGAAAUUGACCCCUUUGAUUUAAUGCUUCAAGAUAGUAAAGAAUAA